UAUAGAAUCGCAUUUAGAUACACAUCAACACUCAACAUGAACGUCUCGAAGUUCUCGCUUAGUUUUUGCGGCGGAUUGUUGGCAAUCUUGAUUUUCAACUCGCUCGCCUUUAAUGUGACUGCCGCUGAGUACUACACGGUGAAGCCAACAUUUUUACCGUCGUGUCGCAUUUAUGAGCCCGGUUUUAUCAACUGUUCCACGCACAGCAUCCAAAAGCUGAUUGAUCAACUCAAUAUUGGUAUACCGGAGAUUGUAGAGAGAUUCGGAUCAUUAGAUCCCAUGCAUAUUAAGGACAUUGUGUAUAAGCAGGAUAACAAUGAAGUAGCAACCUUAAGCUCAAACUUAACGAAUGUGAUGGUUAAAGGAUUUUCUCAAAUCAUUAUCAAGGAAAGUCGUGUCAGCAAGAAGGAUUUUAACUGGCAAACGAAAAUCUACAUACCCAAAAUGAGUUUGGAUGCCAAAUAUAAGAUGGCUGGUCGAGUUCUCUUAUUACCUCUAAAUGGUUCUGGCAAAAUGUUAAUAGUCAUCGAUGAUCUCGACGUUCUGUUGCGAACCAAAGUCCAGCUAUACGAAAAGGGUAACUUCACCUUUUAUAAUGUGACUGCGGUGACUGCGCAAUUGAAUAUGUCUCGGGUGCACACGAAUUUGGAUAAUCUAUUCAAUGGGCGCAGCAAAGAAGUGGAACGCAGCACGAAUCAGUUCUUCAAUGAUAAUUGGCGUGAUUUCUAUGAGGCACUGAAGCCACUUAUAGUCGAAACUGUAGAGACAAUUUUCCUGGAAAUAAUGUCAACGGUAUUCCAUCUGAUACCAGCCAACUUCUUUGUAGAGGAUAUUCCCACUCCACAGCAACUAUAUGGCACAGACAGUAAAGAAUAAAAUACAAUGUAAUUAAUCUUGUGAUAAAUUUAGCAGACAUGUCAGGCAUUUCUAUAAUCUGGUAAAACUGAUACGUAAAUGCGUAUAAUUAUAUAAAAUAUAUUCACUAAUGGUGAAAGGAAUGAGAAAAA